UUUUAGAGGGGGAGUGGCUUAAGUUCUUGGCAUUUUCCUUUCAGUUAUAUUCAAUAUUAUAGUUACAUCUGCUUUCCAUUCUCAUUCUCUUUUCAGAAAUCAAAUGGGACUCCAUUUGCUAAUAGUGAUGCCUGUUUUGCUCUAGCCUAUGCAGUUAUCAUGCUGAACACUGAUCAGCACAAUCAUAAUGUUCGCAAGCAGAAUGUACCUAUGACAUUAGAGGAAUUCCGAAAAAAUCUGAAAGGAGUAAAUGGUGGCAAAGAUUUUGACCAAGACAUGUUAGAAGAUAUAUAUUAUGCUAUCAAAAAUGAAGAGAUUGUGAUGCCCGAUGAACAGACAGGUUUAGUAAAAGAAAACUAUGUAUGGAGUGUGUUGUUGCAUCGUGGAGCCACUGAAGAAGGAGUUUUUCUGCAUGUUCCACCUGGCAGCUAUGAUCAUGACCUCUUUGCUAUGACCUGGGGACCUACUGUUGCAGCUCUUUCCUAUGUUUUUGACAAGAGCUUAGAUGAAACAGUUAUCCAGAAGACUAUUUCUGGUUUCAGAAAAUGUGCCAUGAUCUCUGCUCAUUACGGCCUCAGUGAUGUUUUUGACAACCUCAUAAUUUCUCUCUGUAAAUUCACAGCCCUCAGCAGUGAGGUAAGUUGUCAAAUGGAGACAUAUAAAUAAUUUAAAUUUAAACAUAGUUCAUGAACAAAAUUGAUUUUCCUUUCAGUUAAAUACAACCACUUGAUUCG